AUGUCCGGCUUCGAGUUUGCAGUAAUCAAAUCUUCUCCGUCCAAGGAAUAUGUCGAAACGACAACCACUCGUCCAGCACUUACCGGCGAUGAAGUAUACAUCGAGAUAACGCAUUCGGGAGUCUGUGGAACAGAUCAACACUUUCGCGGUGUCGAUAUGGUAUUAGGCCAUGAAGGGAUUGGUGUCAUCAAAGCUAUUGGUCCUGAUGUGAAGUCUUUGAAAGUAGGAGACAGAGCAGGCUGGGGCUGGACAACAGAAGUCUGUGGUGUCUGCGAACAAUGCGUAGAAGGGCACUACGCCUACUGCCCAUUCAGGAAGGAAUUCGGAUCUCAAGCUUCAGACCAAGGCUCAUUCGCUCACGGAGCCGUCUGGAAAGAACCACUCAUCUACAAACUCCCUGACGCACUACCAUCUGACGUCGCUGCACCACUAAUGUGCGCUGGCAUCACAGUCUACAGCCCUCUCGCCGAAUUCGGACUCAAAAGCUCAGAUGUUGUAGGUGUAGUAGGAAUUGGCGGACUAGGCCACUUAGCCAUUCAAUUCGCCAAUAAAAUGGGCUGUGAAGUGGUAGCCUUGAGCCAGACGGAUUCUAAGAAAGAAGAAGCCAUGAAACUGGGAGCUCAUCAUUUCAUUGCCACAAAAGGCGUCGCCGAGCUUUCCAGCCCGAAGAAGAUAAAUCAUCUCCUAGUGACGACGUCGCAGAUGCCAGACUGGGCUCAGUACGCGUCGAUUUUGCAUCCACGAGUGCAGAUCUUUCCGCUGACGGUGACGGAUUUUGAGGCGAAUCUUAGCUGUAAUUAUAUGCGGUUUUUGCUGAAUGGGUGGAAGAUCAUUGGGAAUGUUGGGGCGCCGAAGAUUGUGUUUGCGCAGAUGUUGGAGUUUGCUGCGUUGCAUGGGAUUAGGCCUGUGAUUGAGAAGUUUCCAUUGAGUAAACAGGGGGUGAUUGAUGCGAUGCAGAAGCUUGAUGAUGGGAAGAUGAGAUAUCGUGGGGUUCUGUAUGCUGAGGGAGUUUAG